AUGCUUGGUCCGUCGCUAUCCCAUGCUGCCUUGCGUUUCCGCUUCCCUCUCCUUCCCUCUUUCCGUCCUCAUUCUGCGGGGUUUAGAGGACACGAGCUGCCUCGGGUUUGUGGUGGCAGGUGAGGGAGGGGCUCCGCUUCACCGGAGAAGAGUGAGGGGGAGGGCUUGUGGCGGGAGUGGGGAGUUGCGGGGAGGAGGGGAGAAGGAAGGCAUCCUGCUUAAUUGGGGUUUCCUUAUUGAUUGGGGUAUCCUGAUUGGGGUUGGUGAUGGAGAAUGGAAAAGAUGCUGGUAGUUGCCCUGGGGGAGAUGAAGGGGUAGGCAGACAGGUACAUGUCUCCCUUUGCACGCUUACCUGGCAGUAAGCCCCAUUUCACUCAUUGGGGUUUAAUGGACCAACCCUUAUUCAGAGAUAAGCCCCGCCGAUCUGAAUGGGGCUUGCUCCCAGGUUAAACAUUCAGAAGCAUUUUAGCCCCGCCUCAUGCACAGGAUGCAGGAAAGUAAAAGUGCAGCUCUUUACACCUGUACCCUGAAUGUAAGCCCUGCUGAACUUAGUAAGGCUUAAUAGCCCAGCCUUAUGCAUGUGUCUACUUAUUUGUCUACUUCCACAAAUAAGGCUCAACAAUGCAGGAUUUAAACAAUGCUGAAAGCUGCUCUGUCCACUAGCCUGUUGAGUACAGUGGGGCUUACAUCUGAGUAUAUAUGUUCAGAGUUGAACAGGAGUGGGGAGCUUGUGGCCAGGUAGAUGCUGCUAAACUGCAACUCCUGUUAUCCCUGACUACUGGCCAUGCAGGCUAGAGCAGAUGGUGUUGUCCUCCCAUAACAACUGGAGGGCUGCGUGUUCCUCACCCCUACUCUGGAAAGUAACAAAGUUGUUACAAAUAUUUUGGGUUCCUUUCUUUUGGGAAGUUGGGCUGUCAACUUUGGAGAUAUCCCAUAAGCUGUUAAUAACAGCAAUUAACAAGUGGUAAUGCUUCCCUAUGGCAUGAAAAGUUUUAUUACUAUUAUUUAAUGUAUUUAUAUCCUGCCUUUCUCCCAAAUUGGGACUCAAGGUGGCUCACAACAUAUUGAAAACAUCCUUAUAAAAUACAAAGGAACAAAAACUAGUUAAAAACAAUAGUUAACAAACUUAAAUACAACAAAUUUAAAAUAGCAUUGAAAUAAUAAUUGCCCUUACAGCAACCAAGUGGUCAACAUUGUCUGCACCUAGUUUUCAAUGACCUGUCUGAAUAGGAAGGUCUAGGCUGCUGGAAGAAUGAUACCAAGGAAGGAGCCAAUCUAUCUUCUGUUGGGGGAGAAUUCCACAAUAUGGGAGCAACCACAGAAAAUGCUCUCUCUUGUAUCAUCACCUCCAUGCUUCUGAUACUGAUGAUACCAAGAUCAUUAUGAUUUAUUUGUUAGAUGAAUUGGAACAGAGUUGCAUUCCCCCUCCAGGCUACUUGACAACCUGCUGGGAAGACACACUGGGCUGCAGUCCUAUGCUUGUUUAUCCAUUAAAUGUAUGGGAUGUUUAUUGCCCUUCUUGCAAUGCGUAUAUGCAGUUGCUGCAAAUAUAUUGAAAGCAGAGCAUAGAAAAUCCCAGGUAUCUGUUGUCCCAGAUUGUUUUAAAAAGGAGGAUGCGGUGCGGAAGCUUACAUUCAGUUUUAACUCUGUAGCUGUAACCACCCUUCCCCUGAUUUUUUUGUUGUCACCUGUGGGUGGAAGAUUUUCCCUUCCAGCUCUUUCUUUGUGAGAGGUUGAUUAGUUGAAUGCAGAAACUGUUGAUAGUCCUUUCUUGUGAGAGGAGUUGGGAGUCUGUUGCUUGUUGAUGCCUUCUAUUCUUAUGCCCUUAAAACCUAAGUCUGCAUCUUCUCCAAAUGUUACUCAGUAGGCUACAUUUUGGUUUGCUGGAUGGUCAUUAGAGUUGUGAGAUUCCAGCACUGUAUUUUGCAAGAAAGACAAUGCUGCAAGAAAUGACAUGUGGACAGUGUUUUGCAAGAAGCUGCCAAUGGUACUUGUAACACAGAAGGAAAAUUGCAUUUUCUGGAUUCAGUCUGAUAUAUAACAUUGUACCUUUUUCUCUUUCAGGAUGUUGGCUUCUCGGGCAUUUAGUCUUCUUGGCAAGCGGGCCAUUUCCACUUCAGUCUGUGUGAGAGCCCAUGGGCAUGGUAAAAUGAUGGCUUAUUAUUAUUACAUUUUUACCCUACCUCUCUUAGAAAGAGCUUAAGGUGGCAUACAGCGGUCUUCCCCCUCCCUGUUUUAUCUUUACAAGAAUCCUGUGACAUAGGCUGAGAGAGCAUAACUGGCCCAAGACUAUACAGUGGGCAUGUAAGCCUGGGUCUCCCUGAUCCUAAUCCAACACUCUUAACCACUACCUCCCCCUGGCUCUCAUCUUAGCUUAAUUAUUCUAAAACUGUUCACAUAGGUGUAGUACAUUUCAGCAUAUACGGUGAUAUUUCAUCACAACAGCUCCUUUAAAAUAGAUUAGAGUGACAAAUAGUGACUUUCCCAUACAAGUGAGAAAAGCUGAAUGGCUUUAAAUCUGCCACAUGCCCUAUUACAGCCUAUCGUCUGUUCCAUGAAUGAGGAACCUGUGACCUUGAUAUGAGAUAGAACCCAACAACCCCAGCAUGGCCAAUGGUCAGGGAUUAUGAGAGUUGUAGUCCAGUAACACCUGGAGGGCCACAGGUUCCCUGCCCCCCAUCAAUUCCAUCAUAAUGACAUAAUGCUUCCAGAACUAACUUAUUUUUCUUGUGGGUCCUCUUGUGUGAAGGACCAGCAGGUCUUUAAAGUCUGCCUUUCUUAAGAGAAAUUAAAAGAUGAAACUGCCCAGUGCAAAUUUUAGUGUGUGCCCUUCUGCUCUGAUACCUUUGUUUGGUUUAUGCCAUUCCAAGCUUCCUGGGAUUGUAUCUUUGUGAGAUUUCUCUUAUUUUCCCUGCCAAACAGGUAUUGCAAAAACGGAAGAUUUCAGCCUGCCAGCUUACAUCGAUCGUCGGGAUGUUCCAUUGCCUGAAGUUCAGUUUACAAAAAGUCUCUCUUCGGAGCAGAAGGCCCUGAAGGAGAAAGAGAAGGCAUCAUGGACUGCCCUUUCUUCUGCUGAGAAGGUUGCAUGUAAGUAUUUAUGGUUAUGGUGGGCUGUGUUGGAACAGGGGAAAGCAGGGUGGCAGGCAAAGGUGGCUUGGCUAACUUUAAGCUUCAGCAUCUCAAUUGCACCCUCUCUUCUCCCCACCUUCAGUGUACCGCAUCAAGUUCAAUGAGACCUUUGCUGAAAUGAACAAGGGGUCAUCUGAAUGGAAGACUAUUCUCGGUGGGACACUCUUCUUUAUAGGCCUCACUGCUUUUGUUGUCAUUUGGCAAAGGAUGUAUGGUAAGUAGUUGGCAUUUAAGGAGCAUCUUAACUAUUAAGGUAGCAAGGUGUCUCAAGUGAGAAGUGCAUGUCUUAUGAUCCCAAGAGUAAGGAGAGAGGUGUGUGUGCAUGUGCACUGAGUAAUAUAGAAGAACUAAGCAGUUACACUUGCAGGUGUAUUUGCGCCAACAUAUGGCUCUUUGCAUCAUUGCUAUGCUCUGGCAAUUUAAAGUAACUAAAUCCAGGUUUUCUCUUGGGAAGCUGCUUUGGCAAUUCAGAGUUGUCUUUUUUUAAUAAUAUGAUGGCUGUACUUGAGGCAGCUUAAUGGUCAACACAACAGCGUAUGGGGCUAUUCACUCUUUUUCAUGCCACAGGUUCUUGGCUUUGGAUCUAUGGGAGGCUCUGGACAGAAAAACACAUUGUGUUCAUCUUUGUCAUAAUAGGGACAGGCAAAUCUCAGGUGUCUGUCUAUCUUCAGGUAGAUCUGUAGCUGAUCCCCAUCUCCCAUAAGCUUAUAGGGGCAAGAGUGCCUCAGAUGGCUUAUUUUCCAGACUUCCUUUUAAAAGAUGGGUUGUGUAUAACUUCACAAAAGUCGUUAGCUUAGCUGGUCGCAUUUCAGCUACAUAAAUUAUUGCCAUCUCAAGCAACAAUAGAUCCAAACAUUUUGUUAAGCUUUCUUGCCUUAAUUACUUGAAGACUAUCUGAUUUGCCAUUAAGAGUUGGGCACCUGACUGCUCAGAAAAAAAGAUCUGAUCAAAUAAUAGUCAGGUAUUACAUAGCACAAUUUUUUAGAACAGCAAAACAUUUAAACAUCAAGCCUAAUCGUGAUAUAAUUGCAAGGUAUAUUUUUGGUAUUAUCUUAAACAGUGAAAUUGACUCUAAAACAAAUACAGUGGUAUCUUGGUUUAAGAACAGCUUAGUUUAUGAACAACUUGGAUUAAGAAUGCUACAAACCCGGAAGUAGGUGUUUUGGUUUGUGAACUUUGCCUUGGAAGCAGAACAUGUUCUGCUUCCUGUUGAGUGUGUUCCAUUUGUAAAUUGAGUCCCGUGCUGCUAUGGGAAAGCACGCCUUGGUUUAAGAACACUUUGGCUUGAGAACGGACUUCUGGAAUGGAUUAAGUUCAUAAAUCAAGGUACCACUGUAAAUGAAUUAGAGUAACUACUUGGUACUGUGCACAAUUCAUUAACAUUUCUGUAGGUUUUCAUCCUUUUUACAUCCAGGGCUAGCCUACAGUUUCCUUCCUUUGGGAGGAAGGAUAGAUUAUAAGUUCAGUAAAUAAAAUAACAUUAAGUUAGUGAUUAAGUAAAAGUCGGUUUUUAGAAGGCAAGCAUGGUACUGCAUCAGACUAAUUCUCCAAGUAGGAUUACCUUCAACUGUUUUUUGCCUCAAUCUGUGUUGUCAAAAUAAUCAGUACGCUCCUGGCUAAGGCAGGGCAAAGGUGCAAGCAGCAUUUGCUCCUGCCAUUCUGACAGGUGUGUCAGUGAUUGAAUUUACAGAAAGUAAUUCCCUUCUGUUUGUUGUGUGCAGUCUUCACUAGCUGCUACUGGUUCCAGCCCUAUCAAUGGCCAAAGAGGUAACUUCUUCAGGCAGCAGAUACUGAGGGGGGCAGUAAUGGUAUCUCUCUGCCUGUUGCUUCUGGAUCCACCAGCCACUGCCUCUGUUGGAGGAGAGAGCCAUGAGUGCCACACAACCUGUCCUGUGCCUUUUAAGCUAGCCUGCUUCCCUGAGGUGUGGCAGACACUGCUCCAUUGCCAGUGUUGGAAGUAAGAUUCAGUGGCUAGUCUAGUUAGCUUUGGUACUUGGAAUGGGGGUGAGUGAGCGAGCGCCAUAUGGUCAGUGGAAGCAGGACCCUUAGGGAGAAUGGGGCACAGCCCAACCAACCUUAGUUUGCCUGCUUUCUUAGAACCAGUCGAGGGGUGGCCUACCUGUCAUUAGCUCUGGCUCCACCUAGUGUUGGUUCCAAUAGGCAGCAGCCUCCACUACAUCUUGCCCUUUGCUUUGGGCAGCAAAAGGCCUUGGGUGGACCUCAGCUGCCAUGCAGUAAAUUCAGUGUGAACUGGGAACAAAUAUCUGUUAACAUAAGACUAGAUUUGACUGUCCUUCACCAGGGCCAGGGCUUUUUCAGUGACGACUCCGACCUGGUGGAAUGCUCUGUCCCAUGAGACUAGGGCCCUGCAGGACUUGAUCUCCUUCCGCAGGGCCUGUAAGACAGAGCUAUUCCACCUGGCCUUCAAUUUGAAUUAGCCUGAUCCCUUAUUCCCUUUUCCCUUUCCUUUUCUAUGAAGAAACCCUUCUGGGACCCCACAUUUAAGCUCUUCCUUGGUCUCCUUGCUGGCCCUAGUAGGACCAACUUAGUCAGUUAGCCCUGGUGAUCAUUUGAUGUCUACUGACUGGGGUUUCCACCCCCCCAUGACCCCUGAAUUUUAGAAUUUUAUUGACAUUGAUGCUGCAUUUAUGUUGUAUUUUAUGCUGUUUUAAUACAUUUUAAUCAUUGUUUUAUAUUUGCUGUUAUCCACCCUGAGCCCGGUUUUUAAGCCAGGAAGGGUGGGGUAUAAAUAAAAAAUUAUUAUUAUUUAUUAUCUGGCCGAACGAUGUUUGUGAGAUGUUUUCAUGUUUUAGUUCUGAAGGCAGAGCAGAGGUGGCUUUCAAAUGUACCUGGGCCAGAUAAUGCUGAGAGAGCGUUGAGCUUUUGACUCACACAGAGUGUUGUGUCUCUGUUCAGAGGUCUUAAGCCAGAUAGCGGUAGUUGUAUGCUAAAAGAUAAAGUCUCUAAAUGACUUGCAGUCAUCAGAUGUGCAGAUACUUUUUAUUUAUGAUUAUGAAUCUCCUUUCACAUAAGCCACAAAACAAUUUACAAACAUACAAUAAAAACAACUAAAGUAGUUUUCAAAACAGUACCAAAAAAAAAGCCGAAGAGAGACUUAAAAACAUCCUGCCAGAAAAAGCUUGUUGAAACAAAAAAUUAUUCAGUUGUUUGCAGAAAAUACAAAUGGAGGGUGCCUGUCGUAUCUCUACUAGGAUGCUGUUCCACAAAACAGUGACAGAUGCACUUGAAACCCCUGCUCUGAGUUAACUGUGUAGUGGGCUUUCAUCUCUGCAUCCUUUUGGGAAGCAAAUAAGUUCUAUUGUUUCUAGGCUUGGGGAAAGCUUGGAUGGAAUGUACUUCUUACUGUUGACAAAUUGAAGAUGUCAUGAGCUUAUUGUAAUUUGCUUUUCAAUUUACAGUUUUUGGGCCAAUCCCUCGCACUUUCACAGAUGAGUGGAAGGCCAUGCAGACCAAAAGAAUGUUAGAUAUGAGAGUGAACCCAAUUGACGGCUUCUCGAACAAGUGGGACUACGAAAAGAAUGAAUGGAAAAAAUAAAUGCACUCCAGGGAUCGCCACUCCUGUUCUGGCUUGAAAUGUUGAAACCAUUCCUUCAUCUCCAUGUGACCUCGCUGCUUCUGUGUAUGGGGAAGAAAAUACCCCUCUAUUGAAAGAGAAACCUUUAAUAAAUGUUUGGUUUGCUUGACAAGUUUAUUCUCCUUUGUUCUAGGGUCCAAGGAAAUAUAAAUUGUCCC